GGAAGAAGCUGAUGGUGGCUGGCGAGGUCCAAAGUUUCCGCCUAGCCUCUCUGUUUUAUUUUUUCCCCGCCUCCUCCGCGGAAGCCGAGCGCCAAACUCAAACUUUAACAGGACACGGACGUCUUUUUUAGGCUAGUGCUGCGGACCGGGCUUGUUGGAGUUUCCCGCACACCGGCCGGGGAAGCGGUUCAGCAUGAGCCAGGUUCUGUUCCAGCACCUCGUCCCGUUGCAAGUGAAAUGCAAAGACUGCGAGGAGAGGAGAGUGAGUAUUAGACUGAGCAUUGAACUACAAUCAGUUUCUAAUCCAGGUCACAGAAAGGAUUUAGUUAUCCGUCUGACUGAUGAUACUGAUCCAUUUUUUCUGUAUAACCUUGUUAUAUCAGAGGAAGAUUUUCAGAGUUUAAAAUUCCAGCAAGGUCUUCUGAUAGACUUUUCAGCUUUCCCACAAAAAUUCAUAGAUCUCCUUCAGCAGUGUACUCAAGAACAUGCCAAAGAAAUUCCAAGGUUUUUGCUACAGUUAGUUUCUCCAGAAGCUAUUUUGGAUAACUCACCUGCUUUUUUAAAUGUGGUAGAGACAAAUCCUUUUAAGCAUCUUACACACCUUUCAUUAAAACUGUUACCUGGAAAUGAUGUGGAAAUAAAGAAGUUUCUAGCAGACUGUUUGAAAUGUAGCAAGGAAGAAAAAUUAUCAUUGACACAAUCACUAGAUGACGUUACCAGGCAACUGAAUUUCACACAAAAGACAUUAUCAGAAAAAAUCCAAGAAUUAGAUAAGUUACGGAAUGAAUGGGCAUCGCACACAGCAACAUUGUCAAAUAAGCAUUCUCAAGAACUGACGAAUGAGAAGGAAAAAGCUUUGCAGGCACAGGUUCGAUACCAACAGCAGCAUGAACAACAGAAAAAAGAUUUAGAAAUCCUCCAUCAACGAAACAUCCAGCAGCUACAAAACAGAUUGUCUGAGUUAGAAUCUGCUAAUAAAGACCUCACUGAAAGGAAAUAUAAAGGAGACUCUACCAUCAGAGAACUUAAAACAAAACUGUCUGGUGUUGAAGAGGAGCUCCAGCGGGCUAAGCAAGAAGUCCUCUCUUUGCGAAGAGAGAAUUCUACACUUGAUGCUGAGUGCCAUGAAAAAGAAAAGCAUAUUAAUCAGCUACAAACAAAAGUGGCUGUUCUAGAACAGGAAAUCAAGGAUAAGGAUCAGCUUGUUUUAAGAACAAAAGAAGCAUUUGAUACAAUCCAGGAACAAAAGGUGGCUUUAGAAGAAAAUGGUGAGAAAAAUCAGGUACAACUAGGAAAACUUGAAGCUACAAUAAAAUCAUUAUCAGCUGAACUUCUUAAGGCAAAUGAAAUUAUCAAAAAGUUGCAAGGGGAUCUGAAGACCUUAAUGGGUAAAUUGAAACUGAAGAAUACAGUAACUAUUCAGCAAGAGAAACUCUUGGCUGAGAAGGAAGAAAAAUUACAAAAGGAACAAAAAGAAUUACAAGAUGUUGGACAGUCUCUCCGAAUUAAAGAGCAAGAGGUAUGCAAAUUACAAGAACAAUUAGAAGCUACAGUUCAAAAACUUGAAGAAAGCAAACAGCUUCUAAAAAAUAAUGAGAAGUUAAUCACAUGGUUAAAUAAAGAAUUAAAUGAAAAUCAGCUAGUGAGAAAGCAAGAUGUAUUGGGACCUUCAACCACUCCACCUGUACAUUCUAGUAUCAACACCAUCAGAAGUGGAAUUUCUCCUAACUCUAAUGUGGUUGAGAGUAGACUGACUUACCCAACUUGUGGGAUUGGUUAUCCUGUCUCCUCUGCAUUUGCAUUCCAGAAUACCUUUCCUCAUCCUAUAGCUGCCAAAAAUACCAUCCACCCAGUUUCAGGACCAAAGGUGCAGUUUAACUUGCAGUUUACAAAACCAAGUACAUCACUAGGAGAUGUUCAUUCAGGAACAACUGUUAGUAUGCCUUGCUCAACUGAUAAGGAAAAUGGUGAAAAUUUAGGGCUGGAAUACAAAUAUCUGAAGAAAAGGGAAGACAGCAUUCCUUUACGUGGGCUCAACCAAAAUCUAUUUAAUAAUCCAGACCAUCAAAAAGACGGCACUUUAGCAUUACAGACAUCUUCAAAACCUGCAGUGCUCCCUUCUACAUCUUCAGCGUAUUUCCCUGGGCAGUUACCAAACAGUUAAUCCUAGUGUCAUCUUUUACUUUUAUU